UGCUUUCUUCAAUGUUCGGUUCGGCUGUCAAGUCUAUGUACAAGCCCACCAGGCAGGCAGGCAGGCGGGCAGAUACUAACCAUGCUCUAGUAGUCUGUCUAUCCCGCACCAGCCACGCAUGAGAAUAUGCCUCCAUCAUGGCAGCCCCUCUUCAUGGGCCCUCCCUCUGCUCUGUCUGCAGCCAGCUUAUGCUACACAUCAACCAACUAAUCAUUCGCCGAUGGACAUGGGGCGGGCGACCUGACAGACAAAUAUGCAGUGCGUGAGAGCCCAUUCACUCAAGACAGACAGAUGUCCAAACCGUACCUGUGGUCCUCUGUCAGGUGUCUAGUGGUUUGAGAGUGACAGCCUCCUCACCAAGGCCCCCCCAGCUAAUAUCGUACCGCCCCUCCAGCCGCUCAAUGGUGGUGCCGUGUGUCCGCCCCUCCACCAGCCGCUUGAAGCUAUCUCCUCCGGCUUGCCCCGGCGCGAACCGGAAGGUGAGCUGCUUGAUGCCUCGGAUCUUGAGCAGCGACUUGACACACGCAAUGCCGAACUCACCAGCGGCAUCGCCAUCGCCCAACUCCUCAGGCACUGCACACACACGCAAGCAGCAGUCACCACAACAGUCAGGAGGUAGAAAGGGCCGAUGAAGGCGAUUGGUUGCUGCUCACCUUCUACACUGAUAUCCACUUCUGCGAUGGUCGGCAGCUGGUCCGCUAUGUCCCCCCACGUCAGCCCCCCCUCGCCCACACCCUUCACGAAGCCGGCCUCAAAUUUCUCCAGGUCCCUCUCGCCGCCCACCGCCUGCAGCACCCUCACCGCAUCCUCCUCUGUCGGGUGCGUCCGGGAGAGGUCGAUGCGUUUGACCGCCGGCAUCUUGGUCACCAGCCUUCGGGCAAUCGCGUGCCCAUUGCGACUUUUGAUAUGAAGGCGCGAUGCGGCGGGGAAUGCGUUGUGGGGCAAGCGCUCGAGCACCACCGGAUCGGGCUGCACUUCGAUCUCCUCGGCGUCCUCCACAUCGUUGUUGUGACUGACCACCACAUCCUUCGCCUUGGGGAAGGUCAGGCACCCUGCGAGGGCGUUGUCAGCGGGGCUGGGUGUGUCGAGGUACCCGGGGUUGGUGAGGUCCUCGGGAUAGAUGAGGAAGUGGGCACUCUCUGAUGUGGCGGCUAUCUGCGGAAUGUGUUUCUGGACGAAGAGGGACUGGCGCGUGGGCACGUUACACAGGAGGCCGAGGUCGAAGGAGCCGCUGAUAUUGAUGUCGACGGGGAUGUCGGGGCUCACACACACGGUGUCUAUGAAGGCCUCGAUAGCCGACAAGGUGGGGAAGAUGUCGCUGUCGAUGCCAUCGGGAUGACCCCCCAGGUCGAUGAUGGCGUUGAACUGCUUGAUGGAUCGACAUCCCCUCUUAAAAAGGACGGUCUGCAGAAACAACAAACGUAAGAAGCGGUGAAUGCUUUGUGCGUGGCGUGUACCUGAAGGGCCUCGAGGCCCUCCCGCCACUCAUCGAAGGUAACAUAUAUAGGCCAAUCCAUUCCCUCAAAGCUGAGCGUGCCGAUGUCCUCCAGCUGUAACAGCGGCCCCGGCUGGCCAGCAGCUGCCACCGGGAUGCGCCUCAGCGAGUCCGCCAUGCUGUCGGGAUAGGAUUUCACCUGCAGCUCCUUGAGGCUUCGCGACGCCCACACCAGGUCCCCCAGCUCCCCCCCUGCCACCGUCCACUCUGUCUGGACUUUCUCGAGUGACGGCAGCCGCCAGUUACGCCCGCGGCCGGGGAUGACUGGCUGUAUGGGUCCCGGGUCCCCCGUGUCCUCCCAGGGGAUGCCGGUGAUGGAUGUCAGGGAUGCGAGGGUGGGGGGCGGGUCGAGGGGAGGGGGACGGGAUUCCCUCUUCAGGCUGAUGCGCUGGAGCUCUCGCAUCUCGUCGUCAUCGAUGGCCAUGACCGAGUCAAACUCGCUGUACUCGAUGGACUCGAGUGUGCUCCCCGCCGGCUGCCCCGCUGCCGCCGCCGCGGCCCUCUGCCCCUCACAAUGCCCCUCUACCACCAU